GAAACCUCGCAUGUGUGGUGACCUUGUCAAGACCAAACCACUCUGCGAAACAGACCAACACCUAUCUAAAAGCAAUGCGUGCGACUACAACACUUUCGCAAGUCUUUGGCGCUCGAUGCUUCCCUCCAAUCGCUCCAAUAGUUUCUUCCUCACCGCUCACCGGUUUGCAUAGGCUCUCUGCUCAACACAAAGUUGCAGGUGUAUUGGAAUAUCGCAAUUUUUCCAACUCAGCUGCACUUCACAAGAAGAAGGAUAAAUUAAGAUCAUCUUCCAGCGCAGUAGCCGACGAUAGAGCCCUUAAAGACUCACCAUCUUCUGGUGACCCUUACGAUCUCUCACAACUUCAUGAUGGUAUUUCUACUGCUUUGUCCAGCUUGAAAGAUGAUCUCUCUAAAUUCCGCGGCGGUGGUCGGUUUGAUAUAAAUGCCAUUGAGAGCCUUCGGGUACAGCUCAGCAAGGCGACGAAAGAGACACUGAGACUUGGAGACUUAGCCCAGGUCAUACCGAAGGGCGGACGCAUGGUUACGGUCUUGGCUGCGGAAGAGGAUCACGUUAAAUCAAUUAUCUCUGCGAUCAUUUCCUCCAAUUUAUCUUUGACCCCUCAAGCCGAUCCUCACAAUGCUCUCCAGCUCAAUGUUCCCAUCCCACCACCUACGAAAGAAUCCCGGGAACAGGCAGUUACCAUGGCCAAGAAAGCGAUGGAAAAAGCGGUUACGGCAGUGCGGGAUUCGAGAGGUGUUGUACACAAACGACUCCAAGACAUGCAGAAAAAGAAGACUGCUAGACCGGACGAUGUGCGAAAGGCACAGGAACAGAUGGAAAAACUCUCAGAGAAGGGGCAGAAAGAUGUGAAAGAACUAUUUGAAACAGCAAAGAAGGCCAUGGAGAGAGCAUAAAAUGAACUGGCAAUCACGCCUCUUUCUCACAGCGAGGCCAGAGGUCAUGAACAUUUACAGCUUCUAGAAACUGCUUUCCAGUCGCCGAGAGUCACAACCGGGAGCCCAAGCCACAUCAGCAAAAGCAACGUAUGUAAGAAUAGAUGACUAAGUAUACAUGGAAGUACAGCAAAAAUGAGGACGGUUAAACACGUCUUGUAGGACGGCCAGA